UUGCAUUUUUUUUAAAAAAAAGCUUCGCUUUCUUUUAAACUCCUUACGUUCCUUCGUUUUGUUUCUUUGAUAGAAGAUUAUAAUAUUAGUUGAAUCAUGUCGUAUAAAUUUGAAUCUGAUGUCAUAAAAGCGCUUGAAGAAAUACUUAAAACUGAAACAGAUUAUAAUGUUAUUCUUCAAGUUGGAAAAGAACAUGAUUUUAAGGAAUUUCAUUUACACUCUAUUAUCUUACGCUUUAGAUCCGAAUAUUUUAACGAAAUACUAUCUUCUGAAAAUAUAGAGAAGAAAGAUGGAAAAUAUAUAAUUAAGAAACAAAAUAUUACUCCCCAAGCUUUUGAUGCUAUCCUUAAGUAUCUUUAUACUGGUCAUAUUAAUAUCAAUAAUAAAACCGGAACUGAGCUUUUGGAUAUUAUGAUCGUCUCCGAUGAACUGAAGUUGAAACAAUUAACUAAAAUUACCGAAGACUUUAUUGUUGAAAAUUACCAACAAUUCUUACAAAAUGAUCCAGUUGGAAUUCUUCAAAUUGUUUAUUAUAAUAAAUCACUUGUUAAUCUACAAGAAUUUUGCUUGGAGACAAUUUGUUCUGAUCCUAAAAUUUUGUUCAAUUCCGAUAAGUUUAUUAAUUUACCCGCCCCUUUAUUAGAAGUCAUUUUAAAACGAGAUGAUUUGAAUUUAGCCGAAAUUGAAGUUUGGGAAAAUUUAAUCAAAUGGGGACUAGCCCAAGAAAAAACUCUUGGUCAAGAUGUUACUAAAUGGAAUCAAGAAAAUUUUAACCAUUUUCAAAGAAUUCUUUAUAAAUUUAUUCCUUUAAUUAGAUUUUAUGAAAUAUCAUCCGAUGAUUAUUUCAACAAGGUUAAACCUUAUAAAAAGGUUUUAUCAAAGGAAUUAAGAGAUGAUAUUUUAAAGUUUCAUAUGGUUUCUGGAUAUACACCAACUCUCAAAGUUUCACCGAGACGUCCCAAGAAUCAAUUCGAUUCUGUUUUAAUUAAUCAAAAUAUUCAGGAUUAUUUAGUGCUUUUUGCAAAUUGGAUUGAUAAAAAAAAGGAAAAUAACAAGUAUACUACUGAAACCAUUCCUUACGAAUUUAAUCUCUUAUACAGGGCUAGCAGGGAUGGUAAUACAACAAAAGCAUUUCAUGAUAAAUGUGAUAAUAAAGGAGCAACUAUAGUAAUAGUAAAAAUUAAUGGGACAGAGCAAAUAGUUGGUGGGUAUAAUCCAUUUGAUUGGGAAUCAGCAGACGGUAAAGAGAAAAGUACGAGAGACAGUUUUAUAUUCUCAUUUACAGAUAGAAAUAACGUAAAAACUGCAAAAGCAGGCUAUAGUAAUGGUCAAAGUUCUAUAGGUUGUUACACACAACAUGGACCAGUGUUUGGCAGUUUUUUUUUUCAUGCCAGAGAUGGUACUUUUUGGAAUAUUAAUAACAAUAAUUAUUCUGAUAUUGGUAUUUCAUCAAAAGUUAAUGCAAAUACAGAUGAUUAUGAAGUUUUUCAAGUUAUAAAAUAAAUCGAUACACAGCACGUAUAAAAAUAAUCGAAAAAUAUUUGUUAUAGUUUGAAAAUGAAAUGUCUUAACUACGACUAAAAAAUUAGACUCAAUAAAAUUAAAAUUUAUGGUUAUAAAUGAAUGAUUCAAGAUAAUAUAGAAAAGAUUGUAUAAUACACAAUGGAAAAAAAAAUUUGCGCGCUAGUGAAAUUGUUUUAUAAUGGCAACAAUAAAAGAUUUAAACUAUGAUUUAUACGGCAGUCCUCAUAAUUAAUGAUCAAAAUAUUAGAUUAAUCAUGUGAUUUUCUUCAAACAUUAUGCGGCAACAAUAGUUUUUUCGCUCUCUAACAAAGAUA